UUUUUUUUAAAAUUGGAAUCUGAUGAAGUAUUUUUUAUUAUACAUAAAUCAAUUUAUGAUUUCACUGUGCCUGAAAUAUCAUCUGAUAAACCACAAAAAACUUGUUUAAUCAUUGAUAUUAUUGCUGAUGAUUCUGAAAUUA